UUUCUCACAUGGUUAUAGAGGAAGUGAAUUUUAUGCAGAACCAUCUUGAAAUAGAGAAGACUUGUCGAGAAAGUGCUGAAGCUUUGGCAACAAAGUUAAAUAAAGAAAAUAAAGCAUUGAAAAGAAUCAGCAUGUUAUACAUGGCCAAGCUGGGGCCAGAUGUAAUAACUGAGGAGAUUAACAUUGAUGAUGAAGAUUCAGCCAUGGACCCGGAGGAUGUUGCCAAGACUUGUGUCUCAGUACAGUGUCAGAAGCAGAUCAAAGAACUUCGAGAUCAAAUUGUAUCUGUUCAGGAGGAAAAGAAGAUAUUAGCCAUCGAACUGGAAAAUCUCAAGAGCAAACUUGUAGAAGUAACAGAAGAAGUAAAUAAAGUUAAACAAGAAAAAGAUGUUUUAAAUUUGGAAGUUCUUGAACAGAGAAAAGUCUUAGAAAAAUGCAAUAGAGUGUCCAUGCUAGCAGUAGAAGAGUAUGAGGAGAUGCAGGUGAACUUGGAGCUGGAGAAGGACCUUCGAAAGAAAGCAGAGUCAUUUGCACAAGAGAUGUUUAUUGAACAGAACAAGCUAAAGAGACAAAGCCACCUUCUGCUACAGAGCUCUGCUCCUGACCGGCAGCUUUUGAACGCAUUAGAUGAAAAUGCAAAACUCGUCCAGCUCCUUGAAGAAGAGAGAAUUCAGCAUCAACAAAAGGUCAAAGAGCUAGAGGAGCAACUGCAGAACGAAGCUCUCCACAAGGAGAUACACAGUCUCAAACAGCAACUGGAGCUUCUCGAAGAAGAUAGAAAAGAACUGGAACUGAAAUAUCAGAAUUCUGAGGAGAAAGCUAGAAACUUAAAGCAUUCCGUUGAUGAACUCCAGAAACGGGUGAACCAGUCUGAGAAUUCAGUACCUCCACCACCACCUCCUCCACCCCCACCUCCUCCCCCUCCUCCCCCCAAUCCUAUCCGAUCACUCAUGUCCAUGAUCCGGAAGCGAUCCCACUCCAGCAGCGGCGGUGCUAAGAAAGAAAAGGCGGCUCAACCAGAAACAACUGAAGAAGUCACAGACCUGAAGCGGCAAGCGGUUGAAGAGAUGAUGGACAGAAUCAAAAAGGGUGUUCAUCUCAGACCGGUUAAUCAGACAGCUAGGCCCAGUGCAAAGCCGGAAUCUGCAAAAGGCUCUGAAAGUGCAGUGAAUGAACUAAAAGGAAUGCUGGGGACACUUAACAAAUCCACUAGUUCAAGAAGCUUAAAAUCCCUUCACAUUGAAAACAGUGAAACUGAGUUAGAAAGGAUUUUGCGUCGCAGAAAGUUGACAACAGAAGCAGAUAGCAGUAGUCCACCUGGAAUAUUAGCCACCUCAGAGUCCAAAUCCAUGCCCGUGUUGGGUUCUGUAUCCAGUGUAACAAAAACAGCCUUGAACAAGAAAACUCUGGAGGCAGAAUUCAACAGCCCGCCCCCCCCAACACCUGAGCCAGGUGAAGGGUCGUGUAAAUGGGAAGGAUGCUCAAGUUCCAAGGUUACAUUUCAGCCUCCCAGUAACACUGGAUACCGGAAACAAUACAUUGGCAGUGGAAAACAAGCCAAACCGGUUGUAGUUUUAGAUCCUGUUUCCACACACGAACCUCAAACCAAAGCCCAGGUCGCUGAGAAAGAUCCAGCUCAACACAAGGAUGAUGACGUUGAAACUAAACCAGGAUACAAACAGAGAGAGAGAGACACCAGCAGCUCCAACUGCUAA